AUGGGAUCGCGCUCCAUCAGCAGCUUCGUCAAUGGCGUCACCAAGCCCGUUUCGGCACUCGAAUUCAAGGACGCCCUCGACGCAGCAUGUCGUCCCCAAUUCCCGACAGCUACGUGGUACCGCGACCGGCCACUGGCGCUCGCCGUCAGCGGAGGCCUCGACUCCAUGGCCUUAACCCACCUCGCGGUCGAGUUGUCGAGGACGGUUCCACAGUUUCGCGUGGCCGGCUACCCGGUCACCUCGGUGGUGGGGUUGAUCGUAGACCAUGGGUUGCGCGAGGGGAGCGCUGAGGAGGCAAUGAAGGUGGCGGCUGCGAUCCGCGAUAUUGGCGCCGCGCCGACCAUCAGGACGUUGAAAUGGGGCCAGCUGGUCAGGCACGGAAUAGUGCCGGCGGAUUUGUCGAAUGUCGAGAGCAUGGCACGUAAACUUCGAUACUGGUAUCUGGGCAAAAUCCUACGGAAUUUGGGGGCGCCUGUGCUGCUGCUUGGUCAUCACGAGGACGAUCAGUACGAGACGGUUCUCAUGCGUCUGCUGGGGGGCCACUCAUACCGAGGCCUGCGUGGGAUGCAGCCGAUGAACGACAUGCCCGAGACACACGGACUCUACGGUGUUCACAAGAGCGGCCUGAUUGCGGACCAGCAGUCGACGAGGCCAUCUGUGCGGUUCAGGCCAACACAGAGGGAACAGAAGCGCCUAAGAAACAUCUUUCGAGAAGAACAUCGAAAAGUGCCAGUGGACACAUCAACAAGACAGCCUGUUGGCAUAUCAGCCUUCCACGACAACGUCUACCUGGGCGACGACCCGCGAGUACCGUACCUGACGCCUGUACAUACGGAAGGCGGGGGCAAAUGCGUUAUACGUCCACUCUUGGGCUUCAGCAAGGACCGACUGAGAGCUACUCUCGAGGCCCGCGGCAUCUCUUGGUUCGAGGAUCACACAAACGCUGAUCAGACAUUGACCAUGCGGAACGCAGUUCGUCACAUAGUCAGGAACCACACAUUGCCAAGGGCCCUGCAAAAGGAAUCGAUCCUUGCCCUGAGCCAGAAAGCGAGGAGAAGAGUCGAGCAUGAAGAGGCUGAGGCCCGUCGACUGCUCACCCGCCAUGGCGUUGCCAAAAACUUCGAUCCUUGUGCUGGCACGCUGAUCAUCGACUUGCCAUCCAUGCGCCCCAAGAGGCGGAAAAAGCAUGACCGUCUGUUUGGGGCCAGAGCCGAGGCCCGCAAACCACGGCAGAAGCUCAUCGCCGCUCUGGCCUUGCGUCAGCUCAUCGACUUUGUGACGCCAGAGACCAACCUUCCUCCACCCUCGGCCAUGGGCAAUGUUGUCAUGCGUCUGUUCCCGGAGCUCAGGCCGAGCUCCGACCCAGCACCGCCACGGCCAACAGCAUUUGGUAUCGCAGGCGUUCUCUUUGAACCCAUCGUUCGACCUGACUCCGUGCGCUGGUUCCUCUCCCGAGCCCCGUACACCUCGAAGCAGAACCUCCCCAACUUCCUCUAUGACUGGCGCAUUGCCGGCGAAGCGCCCCCGACGCCCGAGCAGAAGGCAGCCUGCCCGCCUGCGCCGCCGAGUCCGCCUCGUGGCUGGCACAGCAUGAAGAUGCGGAGGCUCUGGGACGGGCGCUUCUGGUUCUCGAUCGAUUCCACCGUCAAGGAGCGGUUCCACGUUCGGCCCUAUGACACGACCCACGCGCGAGCUUUCAAGCGCCGUCUCCUCCCGCAUCAACUCGCCCGCAUGGAAGAAUUACUCAAGCACUACGCGCCAGGAAAAGUGCGCACGACUCUCCCCGCUCUGUACCUUGCCGACCACGACGCGCCCAUGACGCGCGAGAGCGUUGGGAACUUGACCCUCAUCGGCUUGCCUACGAUGCGGAUCCAGCUGCCAGGCACGGAGGAGUGGGUCAGGUGCCAUUGCACGUAUAAAAAGGUAGACACAACACGCGGGUGCAUGGAGCUACCAUAUGAUGAGCACGUCAAGACGGAUCAGAGUCCGACGGCUGAGCAAGCGUAG